AUGCCCCUUCUGAGAGAUCAGGCACUCGUUUCAAUUCCUUGCCAUCAGGAAAAGCUGUCGCCAACCUCCACAUCUUCAGAGCUUCAAAAAUUUUCAAAAUCUCAACCGGUGCCAGACAUUACCCAUCUACGGAAAGUCGCCUGCAACUCCUUAUUGUCGUUCGUUUCCACUCUCGCUCAAGCAGCAAAUGCACUUUGCAAUCUGAGGGCAAACACGUCAAAUGAGGAAGAGUUGCGAAUUGCGGAGAGGAAAAGGAUCCUUUCCGUGAAACUUCGCGAUGCUACUACACUUCACGAUUGGUUAGAAUAUGCAGCGGAACUGGAUGAACUUGACGGGAACAAUGGAUGGAAAGCAACCUUUGAGUGCGACGAAUACGAUCCGGUGCUUGUCCAGGGGAGGCUGGAGCAACUGGAGCAGGCCCGUCAUAGCUGUGAUGCUGCGGCAAUGACCCAUAUUAUCCGUACUUCCCUCAGCCGUGAUCUAGGAGGAAUGACCAACCGGAAACUGUACAACCACUCCCGUAUUGGAACGAAGAACCUGGUGGAUCAAUAUAUCACAACCGCUGCAGAAACUCUGUCAACGUUGUUAGAUGUGUCGCGAAGGUUUGAUUUUGAUGGCGCGGAGUCGAGGUAUCUGCUAGAGCAGCUCCUAGCGGCUCGUCAAGCGUUUGGUAGAAGCGCGCUUUUACUCUCAGGUGGUGCUACCUUUGGCAUGAACCACGUUGGUGUUGUGAAGGCACUUUGGGAGACACGACUUUUGCCACGGAUUAUCUCUGGUUCCUCUGCGGGGAGUAUCGUUGGCGCUGUUUUGUGUGCGUAUACAGAUGAAGAAAUACCCGAGAUCCUCUCGAACAUUGGACAGGAAGAUUUCUCCGUGUUUGGUGCCCAGGAUGGUAGACUGCAAGUGUUUCAACGGCUCAUGAGGUUCAUUAAACAUGGCUCCUUUUUUGACAUCGUUCAUCUGACCCGAGUGAUUCGAGAUUUGCUUGGAGAUGUGACGUUUCAGGAGGCCUACAAUCGGACUAGGAGGGUUUUGAACAUUGGCGUCUCCAACGCUGGCAUCUACGAGCUCCCAAAGCUACUAAACUAUAUCACCGCUCCAAAUGUGUUGAUAUGGUCAGCUGUAGCCGCUUCAUGUUCCGUUCCGCUCAUCUUUUCGUCGUCAUCUUUGAAGGCGAAAGAUCCGAUCACUGGAGAAGUAACAGAAUGGCACGACGCUCCUCAUCAUCGAUGGAUCGACGGCUCAGUUGAUCAUGACCUACCAAUGGCACGUUUAUCAGAAAUGUUCAAUGUCAACCACUUCAUUGUUUCCCAGGUCAAUCCGCACGUUAUUCCCUUUAUUCCACAGGAAGAUACAUUCUUCUUUUCCGACGUUGUCGACAAGCAGUCUGAUUCAAGUUGGUUGAAACAUCUUACAUGGGCAGCAAGAGAGGAAGUAUUACAUCGAAUACACGUCCUUUCUGAGAUCGGGGUAUUCCCUAACGUCCUACGAAAACUCAGAUCCAUCAUGAGCCAAACAUAUUAUGGAGACAUCAAUAUCCUCCCUCAGAUACCAUAUGAGGUAUUCCCAAACAUCCUGAGGAAUCCUACCACUGAAUUUAUGACGCAAGCCUGCCUCAGUGGUGAACGAGCGACGUGGCCCAAACUAGGCAGGAUAAGGAAUCACUGUGCCGUUGAACUGGCUUUGGAUUCUGCCGUUCAAACCAUGCGAGCAAGGGUUAUUUUUCAUGUUGAUCGCAUCGAUCCACCUGUGGGAAAAAUUAUUCAUCCGAUCACAGAUGAGGAUGCCCCUCCGCAUAUGAGGACCCGAGCUCAUCGUAGCAGCUCGUACAGUGCUAAUGCUAGCGAAGAUCCAGAGGUUGCCCGACAGCCUGUCCGUCAACUACGCAAAUCACGGAGUUCGAUAUCUCAGGAGAGUUUGGGUUCUAACGUCACAACUUCCCGCAUUUAUGUUACUUCGGCUGAAGAUCUUCAAAUGAGUGAACACAAGGUGCCGAAACCCCUCACAACUCAAAAAACCAGCAAGACCCUCUUUACUCUAAAUGUGGAGCACGAGGAUGUCCCGUUGGACUCUUCGUUGCCUCAGAAUUUUCGACUCCCUGAACGGAUCUCACCUAACGAAACCCCAUAUUCAAAUAUGUCGGAGUGGGCUAGUGGUAGUAAAGGGCACACUCCAAACCACUCACGGCGUCAUUCCACCCCUCAUGUUCUGACAGCAAUGCCAGCACGGUCUCCGACUACUGCUGCGGCCGUCCUGUAUGCGGCUACACUCCCUGCCUUUCUCAUAAGCGCCGGAACAAGAAGCCAACCCCCGUCUCCUACGUCGUCUGAUUCAAGUUAG